GAGUUAUUACCAUUAGAACGCGUUUGAAGUGUCAUACCCCAUCUUGAAGAAAGAGAAACAAAGAAACAUUUUAUUGAUAUUUUCAAUCAACAUUAAUAGAAAAAUCAGUUCGUAUCGGUCAAUUUAAUUGCAAUAAAUCAAAUAGUUAUCAAAUUGUGUUCAAUUAAUAAUCGUAAAGCCAUUUUCAACAGAAAAAUGAACGAGGAAGAUUUCUUUGAAGAAGAUUUCUUCGAAGCUAGCAGUAGUAGUCAUUUUGAGGCCAUUACUUCGCAGCCAGAUUAUGAAAGAGUUUAUUUAUCAGAACGUGAUCUGGCAUUAAGAAAUUGUUGGAGUAGCUUCCAAGAAUCAGCAACUUCCAUUGCUCAGCUGUACAAAGAUAGACUAAGUACCAAUGAAACGGGAGCACUAUGGUUACCUUUUCAAACCGCUGCUGGAACCGUAACUACAUUAUAUAAAGAAUCUUGUGAUGGUAUGAAACGAACAAAUGAGGCCGCCGUACAAUAUGGAUACCAAAGAAGGACUAGAGAACUGGCAGAUUGGGCAAGAAGUAAACGUAGAAGAUAUAUUCGUAAAGACGAGUUAUUAUCUUAUUUAGCUGGUAAAUCGCCCCCACCAAUACAUUCUAAGGUCUCCACACAUCAUCACCAUCAUCAUCAUUCAAAUAACAUAAAAUCAGACCAUCCGACUACGUACACACCACACUCUCAAAAUAGUGAAGUCGAAAUGCAUACAUUUAAAGAGGCGCUAGCUCGACGAUCUCGGGCACCCGAGUUAUAUACAUUUGUAGCUGGAGAAAUAGCACGUCAUUGUAAACGUUCAGCCAGCCCGUUAGAUGUCAAUAUGGACGUGCAAAGCAUGAGUAACAAGAGACAACGUUUUCUGUAGAAGAAGAACCCACUUCUACGAGCGCAGAUUUUUAAAUUUUACAUUGGAUCCAAAAUUAGAGAAUGAAUGAAAUAGUUUACAAAAAUGCCAUUAUGUCGCCAGCAUACAUUUUUCGAGAGUUAUUUAAUUUCGAGAAAUAUAUAAUUUAUUAUGUUUUCUCAUUCGUUGUUACUUUUCGAUUUUAUCAAUUUCUUAUUCUAUCUUGCGGCAACAAGUUUGUGAUUUUGACUGUUUGUAAAAAAGAAAGAAAUGAGAUGAGAAUAUGUUGAGACCUUGAACUGAAUAAUGUUAACUUUUUAUUUGCUCCAUAUCUAAUCUACCAAAUAAAUUUUGAUUGCCGUU